UCAACUUUGUAGGAUUUUUAUGGGAUUUUUGUUAUUAGUGUUUACUUGUUGUAUGAAAUGUGCUAUUAAAACUCUUGCAAUGAACCAAUCGUAUUCAGAAAGCGACGUGUCGCUGUCCCCCACACAAAUAUUGGAGCGACUACAUUUGCUGCGUCAGCUACAGUUGUUACAACAGGACAAACUUCUUCAACAGCGGCAAUUGUAUCAAGAGUCGCCGCGGAACUCCAGCAUUACGGAGGUCGUCAGUCAGUUCAGUGCAAGUACGAGCUUUAACACAUUUCGGAGCUUGCUAAGUUCGGAAUCUUCGACAGACCCGACGCCGCGACUGCACUCAAGUAAAUCGCAAUUGAACCAACAGGACUUAGUGGAAGGCGUCGCUGUCCUCAACCUAUCCCAAGAAUCGGAAUUCAUUAUCACUUCUCCCAUAUCUAGCAGAAGCAAAGCUUCCAAUGCAUCUCAAGCACCAACAGAGUCUGGGACAAGUGCAGGUACACAGUCUUUAGCUAAGAAACAAAUAUCUUUAGAUGAUAUGCCAGUGCUGACUCCUAAGAAAGACUUUGAAGCCCUAAUAAUUGAAAAACUUAAAAAUGAAUUGGAUGCACCCAAACCCAAAAUCUUACAAAAAGAAGGUCCCCCAAAUAAAAGUAAGAAACCAUUUCUAAAGAGAGGUGAAGGCUUGACGCGCUUUGGGCUGCAGAAAAACAAACCUGUCAUACAGAGUACAUAUGCUUUGCCUUGGAAAAAGGCUUCUGAUGUGAAAAAAGGACCUGAGAUAGUUAAAAAUACUAAAUCAUCAGAUAAUUCUAAAAGAAAAAGUGUAAAUGUACAAAUUGUGGUUUCUAAACCAAGACCUGAAGCUAAAAAGAAACCUGCUGAUGACAAAAUAGUUCAAUCAAAAGAAGUAUGUGAUAAACAAGCCAAUAUUAAAACUCAAGAGUCAGUCAAGCAAGGAAAUAACAAGCAAUUGUCUAGUAAAGUUGAUUCUAGCAAUUGUGAACUGCAUGGUCCAAAACCACCUUCACCGCCUAAAGAAAGAGAAAUUAAAUUACAAUUACCUACAGGAAAACAUCCAAUACUGGCAAAUAAGGGCAAAACCUGGGCCGCAGUCCUGACUAAAGAACAGGAUGAUUUCCUUCGGCAACUCAAACAAAGCGACUAUUAUAAAAAUUUUACUUCUCCUGCAAAAAGCAUUCUUUCCGACAUCAGUUGCGAUGAAACACUCAUCAAACUAAGACAGGAGAGGGAAAUGGCAGAGCAAAAUAUGUUUGAACUGCUUGAAAACAAAGUGGAUCGUGAAAGCUUCAAUUUAAACAAUUCAUUUAUCAAUAGAUUUUUACAGGGCAGUAGUUUAGAAUAUUCAGGGGAUAGUACCCCUGUAAUUAUGCAGAGAUGUUUAGCGAGCAAUCCUAAACUGAUGACCUUAUACCCCAACAUUCCUCAGACUAGAAAUGAAACUUGUCAGAGUGAUGUUGACUGCAACAGCGAAUACACAGAGUGUUGUAGCGAUGCAUGCUCUUCUGAAUGUAGCUGUUCUUGUAAUAACACUAUAGAAGAAUCCAACAACCAACAUGAUAUUCCCAAAAGUAAUAAAAAUCAGGUUGUCCAGAAUAAUAAAACAAAUAAAACAACAAAAGAGGCUGACAAACAAUCACAAGUUGAACAAUGUCAUAAUGACAAAGAAAUUGACAGCAUGACAGAAAAUAUGGCAGAAAUGAAUGCUAAAUUAGUUGCUACAAGUGAACUCUUAAAAGAUAGGCUCCAUGAAUUAGAGGAUGAAAUUGAAACAUUUAGAAAAGAAAAUACAAAUUUAACGAAAAUGAGAGAAGAAAUUGAUAUGGAGAAACAAAAGUUCUAUGAAGAAAAAUCAACCUUUGAGCAAAAGUUUAAUGAGGAGAAAAUUUUAUCAGAAUAUUAUUUAGCUGAGGAAAAAGAGAAAUUGACCAAGCAAAAGCAAAUCUAUGAAAGGCAAGUGAGAGAGAUGAGAGGUCGGCUUAAUAAAAAAGACAAAGAUGAAGUUGUUAAUCUGAAGAAAGAAAUAAGUGAUCUGAAAGAAGAAAUGAGACUAAAGGAUGCCAAAUACACCACAGUAGCCGCAAGACUUCGUAAUCAGUUAAAGAUUAUGGAGAAAGAAAAGAAAGAUUUGCAGGAAGAAGUAGAAAAGUUAAAAAAGGAAAACCGCAGGAUUCAACAUAGCAACGACAUUACAAGGCGAAUGACUAAUAUGAAAUAUUUGGAAGAAAUCAACAAGAAGUUGUCUAAGGCUAAGAGUGCUCAGGCUCAAGUAGUGCAGGAUGCUGAUAUGAAGUAUAAAACAUUAGAAAUGGAAAGGCAAAGUAGAAGCAGAGUGCAGGCUCCAAAGAAUACACUCAGAGUCAGGGCUAAAAGUGUCCCCAAUCUCAAUGUGACAUCUCGGUAUGCAAAGUACUUUAGCCAGAGAGAUGUAAUGAGUCCAACUGAAAGGAAUCAUACUUUGAAUAUAGACAGGUAUCCCUCUGACGAUAUUGAUGAUGAUGAUGGCCAAUAUGAAAGACAAAGUUUAGGUGACACAGAAUCUCUUAGCGGAAGAGAAGCAUCAGAUAAUGAAAAUGACAAUAGCUUAGAGAAAAUAUACAUGGAGAGAUUUCAAGAACAUUCAAAAGAUGAACCUAUUGAAAAACCUAGAUCAAGCUACUCAAGUUCUAAUCACAGUUUUGAAAAAACAAAUAUCAGUCAAAAACAUGAUACCUUCUUCAUUCACAGAUCUAAUUCAGGUUGUACAAGAGAAUCCAAGUCUCCAAACUGUCACCUCACAGCCAACCAAUUGGAUCCAUUUCAAAUAGAUCCAAGUCUCCAGUGUCUAUAUUAAGCCACAGAUCUCACAAAUCAC